AUGUUGUCGACUUUACCAUUGAUUGCGCUAUUCUUGGUGCAGUAUACAACUGUCACUAUAGAAGCUCCAGCCCAAACGCUCGGCGGUUCAUCAUCGGUGCAAUCUGCUUCAGACCUUGAGGGUCAAAUAGGCGAUCUUGUGAUUCCUCAGGAAGAGGCAAAAAACAUAACCACCGCGGAGACUCGCAAAAUUCGAAGCACGCUAGAUUAUGCUACCCUGCUCAGUGAGAUCGGUGACUUUACACUUCCAAGCAACAUCACUGCAGGCCACGUGGCUAAGGUAGCAAAACAAGCCGUACCAUCGCUCUCUGAUGCAGAAGUGAUCAACAUUGUUCAGGCAUUGCGGCCUGAGCAAUUCAGCCUUCGAUCAAGGACACAAUAUGCUUUAGUACAGGUUAUUGCAGCUGUCUAUGAAGGUCGGAUCAGCCAUGGUGGCUGGGGUCUCGAUGAUCAGGACCGGGAAACCUCGCGCUUUCUUUUCAACGAGCUUUCUAGUCCUGAGAUUGGUGUCAUCGACAUGGCUGGCUUUCAUCGGCUUGAGAUUUCCAACUUGAGGCUUCGAGCGCGACGUGUUACGUGCACCCUGAAACGAAGGAUGGCAAUCAUGCUGUCAGGCCCAACUAAGCACUUCAAUGCUUCCUCUGGAGACGCUUGUGCAAAACCAGGGAGGACUCAACAAGCCGCAGAGUCGCUGAAUGACGGGUUGAUAGAGCUCGAAUUUAUAGACAACAGACUUGCAUGA